AUUUUGAUUUUCACUCGCGCCAUGAGUGAGCACAGAAACAGAGUUUUUCAGGUAUUUUGUACAUCAAUCUGCACCAAAAAUGUAAAGCAUUGAAAGUAAGAACCAGAUAAACAGAGAGUCACUGAGGAUUUUCAGAGGAGGAACCAGAAACCAGUCAAAUCAUGACGCAGGCGCCAACUUCAAAUGACGCAUGUCUAAGUAUCGUACACAGUCUGAUGUGUCACCGCCAGGGCGGCGAGAGUGAGAGCUUCGCAAAACGUGCCAUCGAAAGUCUGGUCAAGAAGCUGAAAGAGAAGCGGGACGAACUAGACAGUCUCAUCACUGCCAUAACAACUAGCGGCGCUCAUUCCACAAAGUGCGUCACUAUACAGCGUACGUUGGACGGAAGGCUACAGGUUGCUGGUCGUAAGGGAUUUCCUCAUGUUAUUUAUGCGCGGAUUUGGCGAUGGCCGGACCUUCACAAGAAUGAACUAAAGCACUGCAAAUUCUGUCACUAUGCUUUUGACCUCAAGCAGGACAGUGUGUGUGUUAAUCCGUACCAUUAUGAGAGAGUAGUCUCCCCUGGAAUCGAUUUGUCUGGGCUGAAUAUUCAACAUGCAGCCCCGCCUUCUCGCCUCGUUAAGGACGAGUACGGGAAUGAGAUCGGGAUGAACAUGUCGAGUUCGGAGGAAGUCUCGCAAACAGUUCAGCAUCCUCCACAGAGCGAGUUUGCUCGGAUCCUUACCUCGGGAGGCAUGGGUCAGGGGUCAUCUGGCCCUCAGUCAACUGUACCUCAGCACCCGCACACAGCAGGACCAGCUAUAUCAAGCCCCCUGGGGCGGGGCCCGAGUGCCCCCAACACCCCCCUACAUAAUCCAAUGUCCCCCCAGGCAAAUCCUUUAUCGCCACAGGCACAUUCAGCAGCUGCCAGUGCCAUGUCUCACGGUCUGCCGUCGCCGAUGGGGGAUGGAUUCGGAGGACAGGUAUCUUCUCACGUGUCACAAUCACCGACGUUAUCCAACAUCAGCGCAUUUCCCCCACGCAGUUCUAUGGCUGCUACAGCAACAUGGGUGGGAAAUAACACAGCUACAUAUACCUCCUCCCAGGAUCCUCAAUUCUGGAACAACAAUCACAUGCAGUCAUCGGACGUGCAGUCAUUACCUCCCCUUACCAACCAAAACCCCCCAGAGUUUUGGUGUACCAUUACAUACUUUGAACUUGACCAGCAGGUUGGCGAGACAUUCAAGGUCCCAUACAGUUAUGCUCGAGUGACCGUGGAUGGCUACACUGACCCGUCCAGUCUUGACCGGUUCUGUCUUGGUCAGCUGUCUAAUGUCCACCGCACAGAAACUAGUGACAAAGCCAGGUUACACAUUGGUAAAGGUGUACAGUUGGAUUACAAUGGGGAGGGGGACGUGUGGAUCCGGUGCGUCAGUGACCACAGUGUGUUUGUCCAGUCUUAUUACCUCGACAGGGAGGCGGGGAGACAGCCGGGGGACGCAGUCCACAAAAUCUACCCCAGUGCUUAUAUAAAGGUCUUUGACAUACGUCAGUGUCACAGACAGAUGCAGGAACAGGCGGCUACUGCUCAGGCGGCUGCCGCAGCACAAGCCGCCGCGGUGGCAGGAAAUGUCCCAGGACCCGCCUCUGUUGGCGGCAUUGCACCAGCUGUCGGCCUGAGUGCAGCAGCAGGGAUUGGAGUCGAUGAUCUGAGGAGACUGUGUAUAUUACGUCUAAGUUUUGUGAAGGGCUGGGGACCAGAUUACCCCCGACACAGCAUAAAGGAGACACCUUGUUGGAUCGAAGUACAGCUUCACCGGCCACUCCAACUCCUGGACGAGGUCCUGCAGACAAUGCCCAUAAAUGAACCCCGACCCCGUGGAUUCUUUCUUGGUUGAUUGACUUUUGAUUGACCUUUUGACCCAGGGAGUCAUGACAGCAUUUCUUUCUGUUUGCGUAUCCUCUGGUUUAAAUCAACUUGCAAUCAGCGAAGUUGAUUGCUAUCAUCCAACUGUUCUUACUCUGUUGUGUUGUGGGAUGUUUUUAUAUAGUGCUGUUACAUGCUUCUCAUUGAAAAGUUCAUUUAUGCACUUAUUGCUAUUUUUAAGGUCAUCUAUGAAGAAAUAGCAUAUGACGCAGUGUUAAAAUAUGUUCACAGAAAUGAUCAGGGGAUAAUUUUAAGCUUUUUCCUGUAAUCAUGAGCUAGUAACUAAUGUUUAUCUUGUCAAGUGUACUGAGGAUCGAGCGACCUUGUAUACUAGUAACAUACUAGUAAUAGUAUUAGUAUUGGUAAAAUGUCCCAUCCUAUUACUCUCAGGUAGUAACCACAAACUGCCAAAGUUGGAGUUCUCCAUAUUUUUUCUUAAAAGAAUUUUUGACCCUUAAGCUUUCUUUUACAGUUACUUAUUGAUAAGUCACAUCUAUAAACCACAAGUUGAGGAAUAGAGCAAUGUCUUGUAUAAUUGUCAGUCUCGUAAAACUGGUUUUCCAGGUACGGUUAAAAAGAUAGAUUAAGAGAUGGUAUAGAUUGGCCAAAUAACGGAGUGUGCAUUUAGCCAAUCAGAGUGUUUGAAACUGUCUGUUCAGCUGACCAAUGAGAAAAUGAAUUGUUGUGUUAAGCUGACCAAUCAGAUUCUUUGAUUGUCAUGUAGCUUUGAAUUCCUAGACUCAAGAAUGGUCGAAAGUCUUCUAAAUGAAGUCCUGCUUUCGGUGGUUGAAGGUAAGUUAAGUUUUUAAUGUUCCAUUACAUCUGAGUAGUGGAAUUUCUGUUUCUGAUAUUGAUGCUCAUGGACUGAUGACUGUUGAUUUUUUUUUUAUUAAUGCUUUUUGGAAGUCAUUAAACAAAGAGAGAGAUUAUGUGUCAUAAUUACAUCAUAAUGGUUGUAAAUUUUUAUAUUUGUACACAUUCAAUGUUUCAUUGUUCACUGAGCGUGACAUUUACAUUUAGAUAUAUUUAUAUACAAUUAUAUAUAUAUAUAUACAUAUUGUAGCUGUCUUUUAUACAAAUGGAAGAAGGCAAGAACCAGGUUCAGUUUUGUGGUUGUUGUAAUCUUGAAAUGUCAUAUUGGAAAUCAUGUCACGAUGGAAAUAUGUAUUUGCCCUGUAGUUGUGCUCAAUAAUAUGCCAAAGUACAUAUGUAUGUAGAUGUUCUUAGUGAAGGUAAUGUUGAUUGUGACCUAGCAUGAAAUCACAUUUUUUUCACGAAGAAAAAACAAAACACUGGUUAUUGUCAAUAGAAUUGUCACUCUCUAUUAAUAUCAACUCCUGUAAGUUUUGAGGUGUUUGAACAAAAAUUUCUAGGCCUACAAUAUAUGUACAAAUUCAUUUUUAAUUGGAUUAUAAAAGAGAAGUCUUGCCAUAUAUCAGUAUGUAUUUUAUGUUAACACUGUUUUUGUUAGAAUUAAUGUGACUUCAAAUUCCUUCUUUUAUGAAAAGUAUAAAAUUUUGUCUAUAUUGUUUUUUUUUUCUUCCAGUCAAAUUGAUGCUUUUUUCUUUACACAUGGUUGCACAGUUAUGCACAAAAAUUUGACAUAAUCUUCUAAAAUUCUUAGACAGUUCAGCAGUGUACAUGUAUUUAAUAUAAGUACUGAUUACUUCAUGUAUUAUAAUAAGCACAUACUGUAGAUUCCUUAUUUUACAUGAGUACUUAAUAUCGCGAUAUGACUCUUAGACGACAAAUCACGAGAAUAUUAAAUCACGAGUGGGCAAUAGAUCUAAAGAUUUUAUAUAGGUGUCAGCACCAUAAAAAUAAAAGCGAGUAAUUUUAUUUCGCGAAUGGAGCUUCUCGGGUAUGUUUAGGAAUCUACAGUAUCCAAUUCUUCUACUUUGAAAUACUUUUUAUUUUGAAUGUGGUAUCAGAAUGUUACAUGGUAAAUAAUUGUUUCUUGGAACAAAACCAAUAUCGCCAAACCCCUUAACUCCAUCACUACCCUAACUCCAUCACUUUCGGGAAACUUCGCGCUGUUUGUACAGGAAUGCGAUUGUGACGUCAUAUUUUACAUGCUGAAAAUCUACAAUCAAAUGCCGAGAUACUAUAACUGUCAAGUUGAAGAAUGCCUCUAAAAUAAAUAACAAUUAUACCUGAUCUAUUGUAUCUAUCAUAUUUUAUGUGAAAUCAGUAAGUACUUUUCUCCUAUUCCAUCGAUACCUCCAAUAUGUGCGUCAAUAUUCUCAAUUUUACAUGUCAGUCAUAUUUAUGAAGGUCUUUACCAAAGGAUUAAUAUGACAUACCAUAUUGAA